UUGGGCACCCCAAUCUGCAUUCUGGCAUAAACCAGCCUGGGGUGUGUUUCCCAAAAGCAACUAUGGUCGCAAGUUCCGCUGAGAGUUCAAUGGAACUAAUGACCAUAGUUCGCUAACGAUGGUUUUGCAGACCAGGGUUGCAUUUCUCAAAAGCAUUGUAGACCAUCAAUGGUAUCAAUGGUCUCUACAGUGGUUUACAAUACUUUUUGGAAAAGAAGCCAAGGACUCUAACCUGAUCUUUUCAGCAGGUCUCCUUGAGACCAUCCUCAUCACCAAUAUCGUGUGCGGUUCCCAUGACUUGCCUCCCUUACCCAAGUGGCUCAGGAUUCUGGUCCUGAAAUAUCUUGCUCGACUUGCUUGUAUGAAGAAAUCAUGUGAUAAAAACUUUGAAGUGUCAUGUCUGGCAAAAAUGCUUCGCUGUGAAGAAGGACAAAGUGGACCCACGUAUGACUCUCUACAGGAAGUCAUUGACAAGAAGUCCUUCAGACCUUCUGUCAACCUCAGCAGCCCCACCAUAACCAACAUCUCCUUCACUCUCUACGCUAUCUUGGGAGUGAAUGAAAAAGCACAAAUUCUUACCACAUUCCUCUGGCUCAGGCUGUACUGGUUCCAUGAGUUCCUCAUCUGGGAUCCAGAAGCCUGUGACGGCAUUACGAAGAUCUCACUUCCUGUCAAAGAUCUCUGGACUCCUGACAUUAUCGUUUAUGAGUUUGUAACAAUUCUAACACCUGUAACCCCUUUAGUAAAGGACGUCCGUGUCAGUCCUGCCCUGUCCUUUAAGGAGAUGACGGGAAACUCGAAGCGUUACCUGCAGGCCAGUGGCGAGUGGGAGCUGGUGGUUAUCUUGGGCGAUGCUGACAUUUUGAAUUUCGGAAUAGAGGAAUGGGACAUCAUCACUUUCUGGAUACUGUAUGUGGUGAACCUGAUCAUCCCCAGCUCCUUCCUCAUGAUCAUUGACAUCAUGUCCUUCUACUUGCCGCCGCACAGCGUGGAUCGAUCCUCUUUCAAAAUGACCCUUAUCCUGGGAUAUACAGUCUUUCUUCUCAUUAUGAACGACCUGCUUCCCAGCACUGCUAAUGGAACGCCUUUAAUAGGUAUCUAUUUCUCUGUGUGUCUGGCACUCAUGACCAUAAGUCUGCUGGAGACAGUCCUCAUCACCUGCGUCCUCCACCACAAUUCAAUGAAAUACAGGGAGGUGCCACAUUGGGUUCAGGUGCUGGUGAUGCGCUUCAUUGCUCGACUUAUUUGCUACAGUUUCCCUGAAGACCCUUUAGCCAAGCUAGAAGGGAAACAAGAAACCAAUCCAUGGGUCGUCCAGCCCUCACAAUCAAUGUCCAGUCAACAGACAUCCACUAAUGCGUCUGGAUCCAUGACACUGGAUGUGCCUGAACUAAGACAGAUCAGUCAGGAUCUUAGAGAGAUGAACACUUAUUUGUCCAUUCUACGAAAAGAAGACCAUCUACAGAACCAGUGGUGUCAUGUGGGCUACAUCCUGGACUUCCUUCUCUUCCGCAUUUACCUGUUGAUAAUCACGGGAUACGCGCUUGUAAUCAUAUGCAUGUGGUGCAUUUGGAUGAACCAGUAGAAAGAGUACAGGCUAGUAGAAAAGAAUGUUUACAUAUACUUUUGGUUGUUUUCUCAUAUUCACUACAGCAGAAAUGUAGUGAGUAGAAAUUGACCGAUAUUGAUUUUUACAUUUUUCCAUAAUUAAAUAUCGGUUUUGGAAUGUCAGAGCCACCAUUAAAUGGUUAAUUUACAAAUAUUGGUUAUCGACAUAUAAACAUGCAAAUAAUCUAUAUCGGUUAUAAUAGGGUGAACAUAUGUCCUCUUUUCCUGUCCUGGUCAGGACCAAAGACAUUGCUUUGACUGUUCUCUGCAGAUUCCGCCUUCUUACAUGCCACAUUGGUAAAUUAUGUACUUUUCAGUCAUUACUUUGUACAAGUAUGAAAACAAUAGGAAAAC